UAAAAACCCUAGUGCUUGUCUCGGCCGUUUUUGCCGCCCUUUCGGGAGGACGGGGCAUCCGAUGGCUUCCCGCGCGAGGGGCGUCAGGGAGAUUUGUAGAGUUUUCUCUCGAUCUUUCUCCUCAGAAAAACAGAAAUGGUUGCGUUCAGUCUUCCAAACAGUUUCCUCAUCUCCCGCUUCUGUAAAUACAUCUGGAAUACGUGGCAAAGACUGGGAUCGGCAUGUCAGAUGGGUUGGAACAUUAGCUGCUGGUUCAGAAAGUCAUGAUGCUAGCCUUUUGGUAUUUUUGGAGUUUGCAGCGGACAAAAUUGAAGGUCCUCACCAUUAUUGGUUGAACAGGAUGGACAAAGGCACUAAAUUCUCUUUCAAUGAUGGGGUUUUCCUGAUUGUUGUGGAUGUUUUUCUUCAUGAUUCUCUAGUUCUUGGCUUCAACAAGAUGGUCUUCAUAGAAAGGGUGAAAUUGCUCCAGCAAAGGUUUCCAGAACUUAAGGUAUUUGGCUUGCAAUGUGGUGCACAUAUAACGGACUACAACACGAAGAAUCAAAUAAGCAAGAUGAUAAGCAACAAAUACAUCACAUUUCCUGUCUUGGUGUCAUCUGAGAAGUUUGUGCAAAUGAAAGAUGGAACUCUAUAUGUGCUACUCAAUGGUUUGAGAGAGCCUGUUUAUUAUUUCCCAAGGAAUGUGGAGCUCACCAAUAUUAGCAAGGAAAUUGGUCAACUUGUCAAUCCACAAAAGAAAAGCUCUUCGGUGCUUGAAAAUUUUGGAAGCACUUGGGCAAGGCGUGCUGAAAUCGUUAGAGAACCUUCAGUUUGUUCUUCUUUAAAGAACCUGCUUUUAGACUUUGCAGGAUGUAUGUCUGCGGAUGAACCCAGCAAUCGCAUAUUUCUUUCUGAUACAAAUCAUCAUCGGAUCAUUAUAAUCAAUGGAAAUGGCUAUAUAUUAGACAGUAUUGGUUCUUCUCCAGGUUUCGAGGAUGGUAGAUUUGAAACUGCUAAGAUGAUGCGACCAGCUGCCUCAGUGUAUAAUGCUGCGGAAGAUUGUUUAUAUUUUGUAGAUUCUGAGAACCAUGCUGUACGGUGUGCCGAUUUUGAGAAAAGGAUUGUUCAUACAGUAUAUCCUGCUCCUGAGUCUAAUAAGAACACCAGGAGCCUAUGGAGGUGGCUUUUGGUCAAGCUGGGAAUGGUUCCUCAAGCUUCAGAAAACGUUGAUGAGCAUGAAAUGGAUAUCCCAUGUUUCCCAUGGCAUAUAUUGAAGUUGGAGGAACGAAAUCUGUUCAUAACUAAUCGCAGUUUUGACAGUUUGUGGAUUUUGUGUACAGCAACGGGGAAGAUUGAGAAUUCAUGUAAAGGACAAGGAGCUGUCAUGGACUUCUGCAAGCCAGUUAUCAAGAGCAGGUUGGCUAUGGCGAAAGAGGCAUACCACAAACUUCAGUUGCAGUGUAAAACCAACUGUAACUCCUUAGAGGAGUUGUCUUAUGCACAUAUGAUAUCAUCAGUUGCAAAAAUUGAGGGGAAUAUACUGCUCUGUGACCCUGAUGGAGGGAAGAUAAUAAAAUAUCACCAUGGAUCAGAUAAAUUUUCUUCUCUUCAAUUUUCAAAUUUUGGAGUCCUUGGAUUGCCAUAUUGGCUGGAUUGUCCUUUGGAGGUCUUUUCUGGACGGGAUUAUGAUGCGUACGUGCCAGCAACCAACCGUCUACUUCAACAUUUUAAUGUGCAUCCCGGAAAGUGUAAUAUAAAAAUCGAUGUCGAUGUUCCUGGUGGAACCAAACUUGCAUCUCCUCUACAAGAUGGUUGCUUUUGGUGUCAAGCGAGAGGUUCUGCUACUGUUUUGAGAAAAGAAGCAGAUUCUACUGCAAAGGUUGGUGUUGCCCAACAGUGGUAUGAUGAAUUAGAUAAUCUUGCGUUUGCAAGUACCAAUGCAGCAUCUGAAUUGAAUGAUGAGCAAGCAGAAUUUGGCUAUCCUCAAGGAGACACAUCAGCACAUAUUGAUUGCUGUGUGAGUACAAGUCCAGGAACAAGUGAGAUUGUUGUAUGUGCAGCAUUCUAUCUACAACUCCACAAUGCAUGUGAGCAUGGUCUGAUCGAUGAUGUUAGAAAGGCGGAGAAGAUACUGGGUAUUUCUAGCCACGAGGGGAACCCAGAACAAGGUGAGACCCCUAUCUCCUUGCUUUUAGCAUCAUGUAAAGACCUGAGCAAUGUGGUUUUCGUGAGACCCUUGCAUUUAAGAAUAAGACUAGACUGUCAUGAUGACUCAACUGAUAAACUCUCAGAGAUCAUUCGUACCGAUUCUACCAUCAAGAUUCAUGUAUCAUUAGAUUAAUGUGAUCGUUCUAUUAUUUAACAAAUAAUGUAUGCAAGUUUUGGUGUU